AUGUUCAUUGAUUUUAACAAUUUUGCUCCUUAUAAUUUCUCAAAAAUAAAUUUUCUAGGUAAAGUCAUCAAUCUUCAUCGUGUUACAUAUUUAAUUUAUCACAUGGGAUUUGAACCACAAGUAACGAAAAUGAUAAAUAAUGUACGUCAUGAUAGACAAACAGUUCUUUUCUCUGCUACUUUUCCUAAGACAAUGGAAGCUUUGGCAAAGAAGGUUUUGGAUGGACCUGUGGAAUUUGUUGUUGGUCGCAGUGUUGUUUGUAAAAAUGUUGGGCAACAUGCUCUAGUUGUGGAAGAACACCAAAAAUAUUUAAAAUUGAUAGAAUUACUUGUCCAAUAUUGGCAGCAUGGAAAUGUUUUAGUUUUUGUUAAAAAACAAGAAACAAAAAUGGAUUUGGAAAAUGUUAUGAAAUUUGAUGAUGUAAAUUUUGAUAUUUUUUUUAAAUAUCCCAAUUUAAUUGGUACUUAUUUAGUCCCCCCCCCCAGUCAGGUUUUUCGAAAAUUAUGUAAAAAUGGUCAGUCUGAACAACAAUUGUAG